AUGCAGAUUCCUCUCAUUCGUCUGCAAUGCGGCUGCAACAGCUACGACUGGGGAAAGAAAGGUAAAGACUCAGCAGCCGCUCGUUAUGCCGCGGCCACCCCUUCCGACACCUUCUCGAUCCAAGAUGAUAAGCCAUACGCUGAGCUUUGGAUGGGUACCCACCCAUCUCUUCCCUCCAAAGAUCUGUCUACUGGCCGCUCCCUCUUGGACAUGGUUUCCGACAACCAAGCUUUGAUAGGCACCGAUAUUGCGACGAAAUACCAGGACAAACUGCCCUUCCUCUUCAAAGUGCUUUCCAUCGCCAAAGCUCUAUCCAUCCAAGCGCAUCCCAACAAGAAACUUGCAGAGCAACUUCACGCUAAGGACCCGAAGAACUACCCGGAUGACAAUCACAAGCCUGAAAUGACGCUCGCCGUCACUCCUUUUGAAGGCCUUUGCGGCUUCCGCCCUCUCAAGGAGAUUGCACACUUCUUAUCAACCAUUCCUCCUCUGCGAUCCCUUGUCGGCGAAGAAGCCUCGGCGGCUCUCGAGAAAGUGGCUUCGAACCCCAACGCCUCUGUGGCAGAGUCCAAGUCCGCUCUGAAAUCCGCUUUCAGCACACUCAUGAAGUCGGACCGAUCUGCAGUGGCAUCCAAGUCCAAGGAACUCGUCUCGCUGGCAGAGUCUGGUGACAUUACGCCUGGUCCCAGUGUCAACACGGCCGAGGAGCUGUGCGAACUCGUCACACGCUGCAACGGUCAAUUCCCCGAGGACAUUGGUCUAUUUGUCCUCUUCUUCCUCAACUACGUCAAGCUCUCACCAGGACAGGCCAUGUACCUCAAGGCUGACGACAUUCACGCCUAUAUCUCCGGUGACAUCAUUGAGUGCAUGGCUUCUAGCGAUAAUGUCAUUCGCGCGGGCUUCACGCCCAAGUUUCAGGACGUCAACACUCUCACAGACAUUCUGACGUACGACCACGAUCCUCCUGAGCAGCAGCUCCUCAAGCCGACAGAUUACCCCUAUGUGAAGCUCAAUCAGAUCGCGUACAGUAGCGGGAGCGAGAGUCGGUUGUACGACCCGCCGAUCGAGGAAUUUAGCGUGGUACGCACCGUCCUCAAGAAGGAUGGGGCGAAAGCGACGUUUGAUGGCGUGGCUGGCCCUAGCAUCAUCAUCUGUACGAGCGGUGAAGGUAAGAUCAGCGUUGGUCCCAAGACGGAGGAGCUCAAGGAAGGAUGGGUCUAUUUUGUCGGUGCUACGGCGGAGCUCGUGCUUGAGAGCGCCAGCGAGGAAUUGGUCACCUUCCGCGCGUUCUGUGAGAUUGACGCUGGUGCCAAGGGGAAUGGGCAUUGA